AUGAAGCUUCAAGUAACCCUGGAUAAGAUGCGUCGGUUUUCGCUUCUCAUUGCGUUUUUGUUCUGCACCGACCGUGUAGCACGUUUGGAAGCCGCCGUUGUCCACAAUUUGUCAUCCAUAUUUAACAACCAGCCGUCAAAGAACUGGGUUAUCCUUGUCGCUGGUACCAACACCUGGGAAAGUUAUCGACAUCAAGCGAACGUUUAUCACGCCUACCAUAUUGUGCGUGCAAACAAAAUUCCAGCGGAGAAUAUAAUUACCAUCGCCUACGACGAUAUCGCCAACAAUCCCAAGAAUCCGUUCAAAGGCAAAGUGUUCCAUGACUACGAGCACAAAGAUGUUUACAAGGGUGUGGUAAUUGACUAUCGUGGAAAAGACGUCAAACCGUAUAUCUUCACGAUGGUAAUGACAGGUGAUGAAAGACUUGAGAAGGAAGGGAAGAAGGUGUUGAAAAGCGGUCCUGAUGAUAACGUUUUCAUCUAUUACACUGGCCAUGGUUUCCGCAACUAUAUUACCUUCCCAGAAGGAUAUCUCACUGCCGCGCAAUUGAACGAUAUUCUCCUCCACUUGUACAAAAAGAAAAAGUAUAACAAACUGGUAUUUUACAUGGAUGCUUGCUACUCUGGCUCCAUGGUUCUGGAUCUUAUUCCUCCAAAUGUGGGAAUCUAUGUGACAACAUCAGCCAACGAGAAGGAAGAAAGCUAUGGUGUUUUUUGUACGGAUAAGCAAAUCGAUGUUUGUCUAGCGACCGAAUACUCGUAUGCCUGGAUUACGGAUUCGGAACACAGUGACCUGAAAAAGCGAACACUGGAACAACAGUACCAGGAGGUGAAAAAGAGGACAACAUUAAGUCACGUGAUGAAGUACGGUGAGAUGGUGAGUCAAAAAAACACACGCGGAGAGAUUCAGUUUUAUCACCAAUCUAUUAUGAAAAUGAGUGCAUUUGUGGACAUGUCACUCAGUGACCUGAAAAAGCGAACACUGGAACAACAGUACCAGGAGGUGAAAAAGAGGACAACAUUAAGUCACGUGAUGAAGUACGGUGAGAUGGCGAUGGGAAGUCUCCCAGUUGAGAAGUUUCAAGGUCAUUAUGAUCUACAGAUGCACCAGAAUGAUGAGGCCAAAAAAGUGAAAGUUGUAGAUAGAAAACUAUCGUCUCGUAUGCAUUUAUUCUCAAUAUCUCGACGCCUGAUGGGGGCCGCAACCGAAGAAGAACACGAAGCUGCUUGGCGAAAUUUACACCGUGCACUCCAGCUUCUACACGUCGUCAAGGACACAGUUGCCGACAUCGUCAGGGAUGUGAUGAUCCACCAUAAGCCAAUGGUAAAGCGCUUGCCCAGGUGGGAUGAGCUCAUGUGUUUCAAGGCAGUAUUCGAUCAAUUCCAGACGCAUUGUUUCACAAUUCAGCAUGUCCCAGGGUUUGCUCAGCUAUCAGUUCAACUAAUGGAGCUGUGCGAAGCCGGAUACGAGGUCGAAGCCACCAUCAAGUCUCUCCACAGAGUCUGCUCCUGA